UGAAAACGCCACCAUCCACGGAGCCGGUGUGAAGCGAGCGUCGCCUGUGCUUGCAGGCUGUCCGUGGGCCGCAGAGAGGAAGCGUGCAGGGGAGGAGGAGGCGAGCCGCAGCACUGGAUGGGGGAUGAUGCUAGCCAGGCUCUGCACUCUCCGCUGAAAAAGCCAGAGACUGUCGGGACUGCUGAGGAUUAUCCAGGAGGCUGGAGGAAGAGGUGGGGGAGGCAUCGACGAGCAUCAUCCGGAGUGGGCCGUUUCGUAAGGGGGGAGGCUUUGCGAGAAAUAACGCGCUACAGCAAGACAUAGGCUGCAUGCAGGUUAAUCGGGGAAGAAAAGAAAACCAACGUGCAAAAUUUAAUUCUGCAGUAGCAUAACUUCAUUUACCCGCGAGAUUUUGUCAUAAAAAGGGUAACAGUGGCCUUGCAGCUCCAGUGAAAAAAAGUCUGAUUGUUCCAGAAACGCACAAGGUGCAGAUCCCAUAGAACAGAGGGGGAAUCAGCAGCUUUUCCAGCACAGCUAGAGACACCAAUGUCAUCCUUAGAAACUGAAAUUUCAUAGGACGCGGGCAGGCCUAUGUAUGGUUUCUCUUUUUUCCAAUUUCUGUCAGUAGGAGUGUCUCUGUCUCCUAGUAUCUGCUAGGGCAGCUGGGAUCACUGAGGCUCAUUUUGGGGGUGGGGGGGUAGGAUCAUAUUGGACGUUUGAUUCCUGAGGUUGGGCUCCAGGAGAGAAGAUGUCGGGCCAGACGCUGACGGACCGCAUCGCCGCGGCGCAGUACAGCCUGACGGGGUCUGAGGUGUCCCGGGCUGUGUGUAAAGCCACCACACAUGAACAGACGGCCCCCAAGAAAAAGCACCUGGAAUAUCUGAUCCAGGCCACCCAGGAGUCUAACGUGAACGUCCCACAGAUGGCUGACACGCUGUUUGAGAGGGCUGGCAAUGCUAGCUGGGUGGUGGUCUUCAAAGCCCUGGUCACCACACACCACCUCAUGGUGCAUGGCAACGAGAGAUUCAUCCAGUUCCUGGCCUCCAGAAACACCUUAUUCAACCUCAGUAACUUCCUGGACAAAACUGGCUCCCAUGGCUACGACAUGUCCACAUUCAUCAGACGCUACAGCCGCUAUCUCAACGAGAAGGCCUUUGCCUACAGACAGAUGGCUUUUGACUUUGGCCGAGUCAAGAAAGGAGCUGAGGGCGUGAUGAGGACAAUGUCCGUAGAGAAGCUGUUGAAAGGGAUGCCAACCCUGCAGAGUCAGAUAGACGCAUUGCUGGAGUUUGAUGUUCAUCCACAGGAACUAAACAAUGGGGUGAUCAAUGCCUGCUUCCUCCUGCUCUUCAAAGACCUGAUCAAGCUAUACGCCUGCUACAAUGACGGCAUUAUCAACCUGCUAGAGAAAUUUUUUCAGAUGAAGAGAAGCCAGUGCAAAGACGGGCUGGAGAUCUACAAGAGGUUCCUCACACGAAUGACCCGAGUUUCUGAGUUCUUCAAAAUUGCAGAGCAAGUGGGAAUAGACAAAAAUGAUAUACCGGAGCUUACUCAGGCCCCGGAAAGUCUUCUGGAGUCCCUGGAGACCCACCUCAACACCCUGGAAGGGAAGAAACCAGAGGAUAAGUCACCCACAAAGCAGGAUGCGACGGCCAACAACAGCUCGCCGGCUGCCGCUGCACCAGCCAAACCUGCACCUCCCGCGGCCGCUGCAGCCGCAGGAGGUCCCCCUGCUCGUCCUGGACCGCCUGCCAAACCUCCUCCACCCACUAUCACCCCCGCCCCCACCCCGGCAACCACCACCAGCAAUGCCCUUGAUGAUGGGUUCCUGUUGGAUCUAGACCCCAUGUCCUCCUCAUCAGCAGGUGGCGCUGCAGCAUCUUCUACAACUGCAUGGGGAGAUCUCUUGGCUGAGGCAACGCCGGCUGCCACAGACGGUGCCUCUGAAGCUCUCUUGGCCGAGGGCGAUUCUGACAAAGCCGAUUCUGAAGCUGCAGCCGCCGCUGCACCUGCCACGCCUACACCCGCUGCCGCCGCCCCCGUCGUCACUGCAGCCGCACCGGCACCGGCCUCGCUGCCUGUCCCCACCCCUCCCACCACCUCAGCCACAGACAUCGACCUGUUCGGAGAUGCAUUUGCGCCUUCCCCAGGAGACGGUCCUGGUGCCGUGGCCGCAGGCCCCGCUACUGAUGCAUUUGGUGGAUCUGACCCCUUCGCAACGACGGAGGGGAGUGCGGACAUUGCUCCAGAGCUGGACCUGUUUGCUAUGAGGCCCGCUGACACGGGGGCCGCCACCGUCACCCCCCCGACCUCUAGUGAGGCGCCGACCAUCGCUGCCCCUAUCGCUGCCCUUGCCGUCCCCACCCCUUCUUCCACCACCACCACAACCACAACCACCACCACCGACACCACCACCACAGAGUCUGCAGCCGCUCCCGCUCUAGAUAUCUUUGGUGAUAUGUUUGAUUCUAUGCCUGAGCAAAGCCCUACCACAGAAUCCAAAGCUGCUACCACUCCUAGCGUAGACCUUUUUGGUGCAGACCUUCCUGCUGUUUCACGCGGGCCAUCACCUUUGCCCGAGCCGGCUCCGGCUGGAGACAUCGUGACCGAUUCCUUCUCCACUCCAGCUCCUGCUGUUGCUCCUGCCGUUGCUCCUGCUUCAGCUCCGGCCCCAGAGGCCUCCUCUCCACCCAAAGCAGAGCCUGCGCCAGUCAUUGACCUACUGGACUCCUUCAGCGCUCCUGAAGAGGAGGUGCAGAGCUCUGCUCCUGGAGGGCCUGGAGACGACCUGCUGGGAGGCCUAAUGUCCCCCAGCCUGGCCCCCUCCGCUGCCCCUCCCCUGGCUGCGGCCCUGGCUCCUUCCCCAGCUCCAGUGCAGGGCGACCUCUUAGAGUCGGGCUUUGACGCUCUGGGCUCCCUGCCCUCCCCAACCCCUCCAGUGCCCGCUGCAGCCUCAGCAGUACCAAUGAUACCAGCAGCAGCGGAACCUGCAACCACCACACCAGCGCCCUCUGGUGGCUUUGAUGCCUCAAUGUUUGAUGGAUUAGGCGACUUGCUGAUGCCUGCCAUAACGCCCCAGAGCACCGGGGGCAGCACCGCAGGGAGCACUGGGACCCCAGGUGUCCCAGGCUUGGGAGCCAUCCCACCUGCCACACCGCCCCCCACCAAACCCAUCGGAGGGGAUCUGGAUUCGUCACUGGCCAACCUGAUUGGAGACCUUGGAGUGAAAAAAAAGGACCCACAGAGUGAGAAAAAGCUGACAGGAGGCGCCAACUGGAUGCCGCAAGUAGCUCCCACCAGCUGGGGUACACCAGGCGCCCCCUUGGCUGGUGCCGCACCGGGAGCUCCUGGGGCACCAGGUGCUGCACCUCCCAGUGGAGGCAUGGUGCCACCAAUGGGUGCCCAGCCUAGCUUUGGCAUGCCUCCUGCAGCAGGGCCUGGAGCUCCCAUGAUGCAGCCCAUGAUGGGACAGCCUAUGAUGGGACAGCCCAUGAUGAGGCCUCCCUUUACUGGGGUGGCUGGAGCCGCACCUGGAGCUGCUGCACCAGGAGCACCGCUUUCCCCUGGACCUGCGAGCCAGAGUCCCAAGAAGCCCAAGGACCCUCUGGCAGAACUCGACCUCAAGGACUUCUUAUAAUGGCCCAGGUGGGAGCUCAGGACACACACUGCUUUCUUUUCUGGAGCGGGGCCAUCUCACCAUUUGCCUGGUGUCUGUCAACAUCUCAGGAUACCAGAGACACCCCCACCCACGUUCAGCUAUUCAACCUUAAAAAAAAAGCCUCUCUACCCCAGCCAUCCACAUCCCGCCCUUCUCCUGUGUGAUGUCGUAGCACAAACUGUGAAAGUGAACCUUAGCGGUAUAUAUUAUAUAUAGAUGAGAAAAAAAAAACAAGCGUGUGCUUAUGUAGAUGUACUAAUCCUUUGUCUAAACAAAACCACACAAAAGCCUGAAAAAAAGUCCACAAAAGUAAGUGAGUGAAAGUGAAGGCGUAUGUGUUUAGAUUUAUUUCUAGUGUUGGCAUCUGAGUUGAAUGAUGGAUGUGCAGUGAUGUCCUAAGCUCCGCCCCCACAACCCUGUAUUUGACCCCGCCUCCUUGCAGAGGGGGAGGAGCACUUCUCUGUCCCACUCUGAUUGGAUUAGAGUGGUAAAUAAAGUCCCAUUAGAUUUUGGUUAAAUAUGUAGUGUAUCGUUUACAGAAAGGUCCUCUUUGAUGUACAUAUAUUUCUCUGGCAAAUCCGAGGGUUACGUCCUUAAUCCGUAUGUCUGUUGAAGAGAAAUAUAGAUGUGAAUCUGACAUGAAAUUGUAAGAAGUCGUGUGAGCAUCAUCUUAUUUCCCGUCAUCAUUUGAAAGUAUUUGGAGACAAAUAUGAAUACUGCUAUAUGAUUAAUAUAUAAUAAGAAACAACAUGUAUGGGCUUCUGACCAGCUAGUGGUAGUUUUUUGUGCUUUUUUUUUUUUUUAUUCAUGGCAAAUUUUUCUAUUUUCUCUUUGUGUCCUAUGUUGUUCAUACAGUCCCUUUCUUUUAGAGUCAUCCUCUAAACUGCUGUUGAUAUUUUGCAGGUAUUGCUAUUGACGAUCAUAUCUUACAAUUUAUUUUCAGAGAAAAUGUUAUAUUUUAGUUAUUUGUCACAGAGGUGAAUCCAAGCAGUCCUGCCAUAUGAAUAAUUAACUUGCAUAACAAGUCUGUACAAGCAUUUUCCUUCAGAUGUGUCUUUGUCAGUCCUCCUUUGACUUUCAUUAUUGCCUGUGACCAGGUCAGUAUAACUAUGGUUAUUUUUAUAUUUGAGAAGAAACAGCGUAUUCCUUUGAACUCUGUGCUCAGACAAGUCAAAUCCAAUAUCUUUUCCAGUGAGUUGGGUAUUUUUUUUCAAGUCUAACAGCAACAGCAAACCCCACACAUGCAUUACAGGUGGUUUGAAAUGCAGAUCAAAAAGCUUCUCUUCACUCUGAAUGGAUUUCAAUUGUUUUUAGGCAUUGCACACUACGAUAAAAAGAAGAAGAGAGAGCGCCAAACAUAGAGGAGAGCCAGCAACAAGACCAGUGACUGAGCAAAUGAAGAGUUUUCAGGGCUCCUCACAGAAAAGAAAGAAAGACAAGAAAUAAGAAAGCAUCUAACUGUAAUGUGAGUAAGUGGUUACAUCCAAAACAUCGAGUGUUAUUACAAUGACAUCUUAAGAUUAUGCUGAGUAAUCUCAAACCCAAUCUGGUCACUUGUAAAUUUCACUGCUGGCAGUCCGCCUAAAAGAUGAGAUUUAAAAAAAUAAAUAAAUAAAUAAAGCACCUCAGAUUUGCCUGCUGUCUGAACAUAGUGUUUGUUCUACAUGUUUAUUGGAUCAUUGUUGACCUUUGACCUGUUGUCAGUGAAACAGUGAUGUUGUAUGUGGUCACAUGGGAGGGGUGGUGCGUAUUAUAUAAGCCCACAGGAGGUCACUGUUGAACAGUUUAUCUGGUAGUUGCCGGGCAAGUUUCUCCAACAGCAUCUUUACACAGAGUUCCUCUCAGUCCCAUUGAUUUACAAUGGAACAAUCAUGUUCUUAGUGUUAACAUGCUGUUGGGUAGAUUUUGGGUGCAGAUGUGUUACUCCAGUGACCCCAGUCCUGUGCUGUAAACCCAACAAUAUAAAGGCCAAUGUGUGUGUGUGUCUUUGUGAGAAAGACCUGGCUAGACAAAAAUCAAAGGAUAUUAAUGAUUUAUUAUUUCGUUCAAAUAGUGCUUUUCUUUCUUCUUUCUUUUUUCUUUUUCCUUCCUCUUCUUCUUCUUUUAUUUUUAUUUAUUUAUUUAUUUUUUACAAUGGCCCUCCCAGUGCAUGUAAGCCCUUUGAGAUGCAAUAAACUCAAUGACGGAUGGAA